AUGGGCAAGAAGAAGGUUCUCGUCGGAUAUGGAGUCGACAUCGACGCCGUUGCGGGCUGGCUCGGCUCGUACGGAGGCGAGGACAGCGGUAGCGACAUCAGUCGAGGCUUGUUCGCCGGCACUCUGGGAACGCGACGUGUGCUAAAGCUCUUUGACAAAUAUAAUAUUAAGGCAUCGUGGUUUAUUCCCGGUCAUUCUCUGGAGACCUUCCCAGAAGAGUGCGCAAUGGUUCGGGAUGCCGGCCAUGAAAUUGGGCUCCACGGUUAUAGCCACGAGAAUCCCGUUGAUAUGACUAUCGAGCAGCAGCAUGAUGUGCUGGACAAAACCUUCCGGUUGCUGACCGAUUUCUGUGGGAAGCCUCCGCGCGGCAGCGUCGCUCCGUGGUGGGAGACCAGCGAGGAGGGUACCGAGCUGAUGCUCAAGUACGGCAUCGAGUACGAUCAUAGCAUGCUACAUCACGACUGCGAGAUGUACUGGCUGCGCACUGGUGACACUUGGACCAAGAUUGACUACAGCAAGAAGGCCGAGACCUGGAUGAAGCCUCUGGUCAAGGGCAAGGAAACAGGCUUGGUAGAGAUCCCUGGAAGUUGGUACAUCGACGACUUACCGCCCAUGAUGUUCAUGAAGAACUCAGCAAACUCACAUGGCUGGGUCAAUCCUAGGGAUAUCGAGGAUAUUUGGAGAGAUCAUUUCGACUAUUUCUACCGCGAAUACGAUGAGUUCAUCUUCCCGAUGACCAUUCAUCCAGAUGUUUCUGGCAGACCACAUGUUGUCCUAAUGCACGAACGUCUUAUCGAAUACAUAAAUAGCCAUGAAGGUGUUGAAUGGAUGACAAUGGGAGAGAUGUGCGAUUACUUCAAGAGCAAGAAUCCAGCACCCGAGGGAGCAAUCAUGCCUGCAACUCCAGAAGAGGUCAUGAAGAUGUUAGAAGAGACGAAGGCAAAAGUUUGA